AUGAAAGACAAAUUAUUAAACGCCAACUUUCCCAAAACUGCAGAGGGUCGUGUUUAUCAUGUAGAAGUCAAACGAGGUGAAGUUGCCAACAGAAUAAUAACUGUAGGCGACCCCUCUCGUGCUCAAUUAUUCGCUGAAUGGUUGGAUAAAGACACUCCAAUAUUUAGAUGUAAUAGCGCUCGAGGUUUCUUUACGCUCACUGGUAAAUAUAAAGGUGUACCAGUCAGCAUUAUGGGGAUUGGAAUGGUUCUAGAUGGUCAAUUAAUAAUAAUUAGGUUUGGUUCAUGUGGUACUAUCGGCAAAGGUACGGUUGGACAUAUGGUUGUGCCAAAAGGUGCGUUUGCUGUUACAAAGAAUUUCGACUAUUUUUAUAAUUAUUAUGAAGAUCCGGAUAUGACUAAAAAUGAAGAAAAAAAUAUGAAACCGUAUAAUGUAUCAGAAGUGUUUUAUGCAGAUCAGGAAAUUUGCGAACUUUUAAAAACAAAACUUUUAAAUUAUCUUCCUGCCAAUGAAAUCCAUACUGGUUUGAAUGCGACGUGUGAUAGUUUCUAUUCUUCACAAGGUCGCGAGGACGAUAAUUUUGCAGAUCAUAACAAAGAACUUCUUACAUACAUUAAGAAAAAACAUCCGCAAGCAGAAUCAUUGGAGAUGGAAACAUUUAUGCUGUAUCAUUUAGCAAAAUGUUCUAACGAUGCACUACUUAUUAAAAGAAAAAAGUCAAUAACUAAAGAAAGAAUUAAUGAAAUUGAUAAAAUGAAUGAAAACAAAACAAAUCUAGAAAUUGAAAUAAAAUACGAUGAGAAUAUCAUUACUACCAUUAAAAAACCGAAGAAUAGUAUAAGAGCAGCAGCAACAAUGAUGAUUUUUGCAGAUCGAAAAACAGAUGAAUUCAUUGAUUCCUCUCGAAAAAAAUAUUUAGAAACGAUAGCCGGAUUAGCAGUGUUGGAUGUUUUGGUAUCCAUAAAAUUAGAGGAAGAACAGGAGAAUGAUGAUAAUGAAGGUGUAUGGAAUUUAAUUAACUAA